AAACCAUCGCCCGAAACUAACGUGCAGAUUCAGACUGAGGCCGUCCCAACUACCAUUUAUAAUGAUGUUGUUGUAACGAGUACCGACAUCUCUACUUACGUUGAUAUUCAAGCUCAGACCAUUACUAAUACAGAGACUGUGGUUAACACAGUGUACAAUACUGAAUAUAUCACAAACACCCGCACAGAGACAAGCACGGUAACCGACACAUCUAUUGUGACUCUUCCUGCUCAGACCAUCUUCUCUACAAACGUUGAGACAGUUGUCUCCACAGUCGUUGUCGAAAGCACUCGUGUUGAAGUGCAAACAAGCACUGUCCUUACGACUCUUGUCCAGUUUGAAUACUCUACACAGGUCAUUCCUACCACCAUCACUGAAUUUGAGACACAGUAUGUCACCAACACAGUCACCGACACUCUGCCAGCUGAGACAAUUGUCAAUACCGAAUACUUCACCAACACCAUUGUCGUCACUCAGACCCUUCCCGGUCAGACUAUUAUCAAUACCAACACAAUCGUCUCUACAGUCCUUGACGAAGUAGUAUCUACCCUUCCGGCCGUGACAUCUCAAGUGGUGUCCACGGAGCUGGUGCCUGUUGUCACUACCAUCUACAAUACCCAAUUCGUCACGAACACCCAGACCCAAACAGUAGAGCGCACCCAGUUCAGCACACAGACACAAACCCAAGUCGACACUCAGGUUGUCCCAACAACUGUGAUUAGCUACGAGACUCAGAUAAUAACUCAGACUGAAGAGAACGUAAUUGUUUCCACUGUAACAGUACCCACCACUGUUGUACAGUCUGUAGUGUCUACCCGAGUGUCUGUGGUAGAACAGACAGUUGCAGUCACAGAGACCCAGCGAGUGAAUGAGGUUGUAACAGUAGCCGGCCCUGUUUCUACAGUUUACCGCACACAAACCGUCGACAACCCUGUCGUUUCCACAGUCUAUUUUACUAACAACGUGGUAAAUACUAUAACGGCCACCCAGACCGUGCCUGGUGAUUGUGCUGCAAACACUGGCUACAACUACAAUCAGCCUAGUGUUCCAUUCAACUUCUAGUGAUAUAGCUUGUACAAUAUACAUCCUCUAAACAUUCUUGUAAAAGGCUCCACGGGCACCUGCUCAUUGCACGAGGCUGGGUCCUCCGCUGUUGGAAAAGCUGUCAGGUUAUCACAUUCUAAGCGUGCCAUUGUUAUUUAUCAUAAACCGAUGAACCUUCCACGUGGCCAUUUUGUAGAAUGACCGUGUAUCCGUCGAAGGUAGCAUAUACCCAGAAUGUGUUUGCAAUAAACGAGUCAAAACA